UGCAUUGUAUUUCUGUGUAUCACGGACUUUGAAGCCCAGUCGCUCCACAAUUACGGAAGUCACGAGACCAUCAACAUCGCUUAUAAAAACCAGCAGAACAGUGAUCAUCUCUAGUACUCUUGAAAGUAAUUUACAGACGGAUUCCUCUUUUCAGCCAGCUGAAAGCUUCUGUUAUCAUCAUGUCCAAUCUAACAUUCCUUGUCGCAAUGGGCCUUGUUGCCUGUGCCGCUGCUGCCUUCGUGAAGCCCACCAGCCCAGACCUAGACUCCAGGUGGUUGGAGUGGAAGAUAGCCCACACCAAGAGCUACACAAAUGAUAUGAAUGAGCUGGAGAGGAGACUCGUCUGGGAGGAGAAUGUGAAGAUGAUCAACAUGCACAACCUGGACCACAGUCUACACAAGAAGGGAUUCAGGCUAGGAAUGAACGAAUAUGGUGAUAUGAGACUGCAUGAGGUCCGUUCCACCAUGAACGGCUACAAGAGCUCCAACGUGACCAAGGUUCAAGGAAGCACCUUCCUGACCCCAUCUAACAUCCAGGUACCAGACACCGUCGACUGGAGGACCAAGGGAUACGUCACUCCCGUCAAGAAUCAGGGCCAAUGCGGAUCUUGCUGGGCCUUCAGUACCACUGGAUCCCUCGAAGGACAGACCUUCAAGAAGACCUCCAAACUGGUCAGCCUCAGCGAACAGAACCUGGUGGACUGCUCUAGGACUGAAGGAAACAUGGGCUGCGAGGGCGGUCUCAUGGAUCAAGGAUUCCAGUACGUCAUCGACAAUCAUGGUAUCGACUCUGAGGAUUGCUACCCCUACGAUGCUGAGGACGAGACUUGCCACUACAAAGCAUCAUGCGAUUCUGCCGAGGUCACUGGAUUCACCGAUGUCACCAGCGGGGAUGAACAAGCCUUGAUGGAAGCCGUUGCUUCAGUUGGACCCGUCUCUGUUGCCAUUGAUGCUAGCCACCAGUCAUUCCAGCUGUACGAGUCUGGUGUGUAUGAUGAGCCUGAAUGCAGUAGCAGUGAGCUUGACCAUGGAGUACUCGUUGUUGGCUAUGGAACCGAUGGAGGAAAGGACUACUGGCUUGUUAAGAACAGCUGGGGAGAGACCUGGGGACUCAGCGGUUACAUCAAGAUGUCUCGAAACAAGAGCAACCAGUGUGGUAUCGCUACCUCAGCCAGCUAUCCUCUAGUCUAAACACACCCCUCACUACCUGCUGCUUUCACUUUUGAUGUUAGUGAUCACUUUCACACUAGGACUCAAAUAGACAUUUUCAGACCGGGCGUAAGAACCAAUCGACCUUCUGUGCUUCAUGCCUGUAAUUUAUCACCAAAUUAUAUGUAGUAAGCUACUAGAUGUGCUUGGUCUUGUUCAUACUUGAAAAUCUCUCUGGUUAGAUUGGAAAUGGAUAAGAUGCCUCUCCUGUUAAUAUGAACAAUAGUCAGACAAAGCUAAGACUUUCAAUGCCCCCCCCCCCCUUUUUACCUUACCACAAAUCAAGAGAGCAUUUCACUUUCUACAUGGCAUUACUACAUGUGGCAUUGACACCUUUCAUUUGCAUAUCGUCUGUUUGUCGCCAGAAGGACGUUAACUCAAUGUAAAAUCAUUUGAGUCAAUGCCCUCCUGGCUCCAAACAAGACUGUAUUUGUAAAUCAGCUUCGAGUUGCGCCUUGUACUUAAACUGAGUCGCAUAUCAAUCGUGCUAUAACAAUACUUAUAAAUAUUCAAGUGGAACGUGAUAAUCAUAGUUUAAGUUUUCUUCUACAUGUAUUUCAGAACCCCUCAUAAAUUAAUUUUUAAUUGGAAGGCUAUGUAAAGUUGAGUAUGUUAAAAUGUCAUGAUUUCCAAACUUUUAUCAGAACAUGCAGAUGCAUGUAUUCAGGUAUGUAAACCAUAUCAUUAAUUGGACAUAUUGAAGAUAUUUAUAUUCAUACUAUCAUUCAUACAUGUAUUGCACAUGACUUCAUGUCUCAACCUCUUGUGUCAUUGACUGCCUUUUGUUGACUUUCUUUCUUACAUUAUUGACCAGCUGAUGCUAAGAAAUGUGUGUGCUGCAUGUAUGUAUUUCUCAACAGUCCUCAAGUACACAAAAACAUUGUAAAAGAUGGUAGAAAACAUUGCUCUAGACAUAGAUCUAUUUUAUCUUUAUGACUAAUUUAUUUUCUGCUAUCUAUGUACUUAGUUCCCUUUAUCUAUAGUGCCUUGUGUAUUUAUGAUAUCUCUUUUUAGCACCAAUCUCAGAUAUCUCAAGACAUUCUAUUAUUGACUAUUACCUAAUACUUGCUAAAAGCAGCGCAGGCAAUGUUUGGUUGAAAGAUCCAUAAAAUAAGAGCUAGAUAAUAGAUAUCAUACACAGUAACACUGAAGUUUGAAAAACUGAAUGUCCUUUGGCAAACACUUCCAUUUUUAGUACAGAUGUGUAUCGUGCAAUGGGAUUAGGAUAUUUGCAACUUUGUACCAGUUCAUCACUUGAACUUAUAUUUCAAAGGCUUCCAUUUCUUCUGUUGAUACUUUUGCUUGCCUUUUACUUUUGUUUGCUUAGGGUCCUAGGUUUUUAUUCUUUAUUGGGAGAGGGAAUAGGUCAAUUUUUCUUUUCUCUUUGUGUGGGUUGUUUAGUGAUAGAUGCAGUUUUAUUUAUUUAGCUUGAAAGAUACAUUUAACUUUAUUCUAGUUGUGGGAGGGGCCUCUUUGGUUUAAGAUUAAAACAGUAGAAGUAGAUUUCUGUAUCUGUGAAUAUGUGUAAUUUCAGAUUUAAUGUUUAUAUAACUUGUUGUUCUGUAAAUGACUUUUUAUACUGAAAAUAAUUGAAAUAAAGAUCAUGAAUGUUAUUGUA